GAGACCUUCCCCACUCGGGCUGUUUCGCCCGCGGGGACUGCUGACGCAUUCUGCCACCUUCCUACCCCAUCGGAGUGCUGGGCCAUGGCCAGAUCUCCCGCGCCCGGUUCAGUGAUUGUCCCAGACUGGCACGAGAGCGCCGAGGGUAAGGAGUACCUGGUCUGCAUCCUGCGCAAGAACCGCCGGCGGGUGUUUGGGCUGCUUGAGCGGCCAGUGCUGCCCCCACCUGUGGCCAUCGACACUGCCAGCUACAAGAUCUUUGUGUCUGGGAAGAGUGGUGUGGGCAAGACAGCAAUGGUGGCCAAGCUGGCUGGCCUGGAGGUGCCUGUGGUGCACCAUGAGACCACUGGCAUCCAGACCACCGUGGUAUUUUGGCCAGCCAAGCUGCAGGCCAACGACUGUGUCAUCAUGUUCCGCUUUGAGUUCUGGGACUGUGGGGAGUCUGCACUCAAAAAGUUCAAUCACAUGCUCCCGGCUUGCAAGGAAAAUGCAGAUGCCUUCCUCUUCCUCUUCUCUUUCACCGACCGUGCCUCCUUUGAAGACCUCCCUGGGCAGCUGGCCCGUGUAGCCGGUGAGGCCCCUGGUGUCAUCAGGAUGGUCAUUGGCACCAAAUUUGACCAGUACAUGCACACAGAUGUGCCAGAGCGUGACCUCACAGCCUUCCGGCAGGCCUGGGAGCUACCCCUACUGCGGGUGAAGAGUGUGCCAGGGCGGCGGCUGGCUGAUGGGCGCACGCUGGACGGGCGGGCUGGGCUGGCUGAUGUUGCUCAUGUGCUCAAUGGCCUUGCUGAGCAGCUAUGGCACCAGGACCAAGUAGCAGCUGGCCUGCUGCCCAACCCUCCAGAGAAUGCCCCUAGGUGAAGAGUGGUGGCAUCAUGAGUGAGCCCCACUUUCAAUCCUUAGAUGACCCAGGAUGAAGGGCAGGGCCUAGGGCCUAGGGCCUAAGGCUGGUGCAGAAAUAUUGACCCCAUGCUGAGGACUGGCCAGAGGAGGCUGUGGCCUGAGAAGACUCUGGCCCCAGCAACGCUUUCCUUGCAGAACUCCUGGCAAUGAGGUGGGGGCACAGCCCCCAGGGCAGGGGUCUCCUCUCUUUCUGCUGCCUUUUCACCUUCAGCAGCACCGUGGAGGGUAUCUAGGGAGCUGGGUGCCUCAGCAGGCCUCUGGUCCUCAAGCAGCUUCAAUCCAGGCCCUGGAUUAGUUGAGGUGAAACCACCUGCUAUAACAGAUAAAC